AUGGCACGUCAAACACCAGCUCGUUCCACACGGGGUAGGGCUUCGCAGGGUCAACCGAAACGCGGGAGACAGGACCCCGAUGUCCCUGAUGUGUAUCAUGAACUGUUGGAGGAAGCUGAAGCCCGAGAUCCAGAGCAAUUUGCAUUGGAUAGACCGGUCAAGAGGCGAAAGGUCGGCGACCUGAAAGCCAUCCCUGUUGAUUCGCAGCCUCCUGGCAACCCACCUGAGAACACAGGAGCAAGUGAACAUUUACCCCCACAAGUUCAGACCAUCUAUGACUCAUCUGGAUCAGAGGAGUCUGAUGUAGAAUGGGAAGAUGUCGAAAUAUCACAACCUCAACCUUUUCCGCAAGGGCCUUAUGCGCAGAAGGACGAUGAUGAGAUGCUUCAGAUUACACUUACAGAAGAACCCCAGAAGCGACAAAAUGUUGUCCAAAGGAGGAAACCCUUGACCGGCGCCGAGAAAAAACUCAGAUUGGAUGUGCAUAAAGCUCAUCUUCUUUGUCUUCUUGGUCACGUUAACUUGCGCAACCUGUGGUGUAAUGAUGAAGAACUUCAGGUUAGUGGCAAUGCGUUUGGUGGCCCCUUAUUCUGUGUUUCUGACAACUUACAGGGCUUUGUCAAAAAGAUGUUACCUAAGAAAGUGAUCACCCUCCUACAUCCAGAUGAACAUAAGCCGCAUUACAUCAGAUCUACCACUUUCAUGGAUGGAUUGAACCAGGCUGGUGACGCUUUUGCGCGCAGGUUUCGAGUGACGAAGCCGGGGAUGAAAAGAGCGCACUGGGCCGAAGAUGAAACUCGGUUGAAGGAGAAAUUGGAAUCAGUAAUAUCGGGCGCCGAGGUGUUUCUAUCCAGAGCGGACUUCCGAGCGCAGGCGAAGACGAUGCAAGGCUCCCGAGACUUUGGAGCACAGCUCUUUUGUGCUUUGCUGCGUGCAGUGGCCAUCGAAGCCAGGCUUGUCUGCUCGCUGCAACCGCUGCCAUUCUCUGGCACCGUGAAGGAUAUGACGCCAUCCAAACCAAAACCCCAGCCCAUAAUUAUAUCUUCGGAUGAACCUGGAUCCUCAACAGACGAACAUCCCCCCAAGAAAUCACCCGUUACUCCAAGGACCCGGCGAAUCGGGCAACCGAAGUUUGCUCCUUCUCGUCCCCCCAAGCCGCAGUCUCAUUCGGUUCCUUAUCAAACAUCCAAGGACUCGCCAUAUCCCGUGUUUUGGGUUGAAGCGUUUAACGAAGCCGCGAAAAAAUGGGUAGCAAUUGACCCCGUUGUGACCAAAUCGCUCGCCAAACCAUCCAAAUUCGAACCUCCCGCAAGCGACCCGACCAACCUAAUGAAUUAUGUGGUUGGGUUCGAAGAUGAUGCCUCUGCACGGGAUGUCACUCGUCGGUACGUGAAGGCGUUCAAUGCGAAGACUCGAAAGCUCCGAGUUGAAGGCACGCGACAUGGUCAAGAGUGGUGGGAUAGGGUAUUAAAAACCUAUGAGAAGCCCUUCUUUGAGGACCGUGAUGAGGCGGAAAUCAGCGAACUUACCUCCAAAGCUGCGGCUGAACCAAUGCCACGCAGUAUACAGGACUUCAAAGACCAUCCUGUUUACGCACUUGAGCGACAGAUUCGUCGCAAUGAAGUGAUUCAUCCCAAACGGGUGAUUGGGCAUGUUGGUCUGGGAAAAUCCAGCACCAGAAGUGAGAAAUCAGAACCAGUCUACCGUCGCGCCGAUGUCCACGUUGUGCGAAGUGCCGAUAAGUGGUAUCGUCUGGGCCGAGAUGUGAAAGUUGGCGAGCAGCCUCUCAAGCGUGUCCCGGCAGCUCGAGGUCAAGGUCGGGAAAUCAGUGACGAAGAAGACGAUGAGCCGGCAGAGACUACAUUGUAUGCCGAGUCUCAGACGCAAGUAUAUGUGCCGCCACCUGUGGUGAAUGGAAGGAUACCCAAGAAUGCAUAUGGAAACCUCGAUAUUUAUGUCCCCAGCAUGGUCCCGCCCGGCGGAGUUCAUAUCAAGCGACCUGAGGCAGUGAAAGCUGCUCGGAUUCUGGGUAUCGACUAUGCUGAUGCUGUCACCGGGUUCGACUUCAAGGGUCGCCGAGGCACUGCGGUACUGAAGGGUAUCAUUGUUGCGACUGAGUACCAAGAAGCCCUGGAAGACGUCAUCGAAGGACUCGAGGAUGAGAGACGACUUGCGGCACUUGAGGCUAGAUCGGAAGAAGCUCUUCGAUUCUGGCGACUUUUCUUGGUCAAGCUCAGGAUUGCAGAGAGAGUCAAAGAAUAUGCGGGUGACGACGAGGAAAAGGAUGUUGAGGAGAUUGAAGAAGAAAUGAAUGUUGAAGAUUCUGGCGGUGGUUUCUUUGCUGAGGCAGAUGAGCCGACACGCAGCCCACCUCUGCGACUUUCUGGCAAGGGCAAGUUGGCACAAGGUCGAGAAUACCCGGAGUUCGAUUCGGAAAGUGGUCCGCUCUCAGGCGAUGAGAAUGAUACCGGAGGGGGAUUCUUCGCUGAUGAUGACAUGGAGGACGAACCACUCGAGACUGUCACGGAGCCUCCCAACACUGCAGAACCUGCCAUAAUCCCGCCAACAAGCAACAAAAGCCCCGUCAAGUCGAAAAUACCACACCGACCACAGUAUUCCCUCGUGGUUGUUCCAAACAAUCCAUCCAACUCGGAGACCUACCCCCAAUCCGCGGUGGAGAAACAAAAACAGGAAGAGAUGCCAGGAUCAUCUGAAAAUGUCCCUAUCGCACUGGACUCAUCCACGAAUGGUGGCUCCAAGUCUGCUAGCGUGAUGACCAUUUCCCGGCCUCCGACUCCAGUGCAAGAUCGAAGGCAGCCCUCGGUGCCCAACCACGAAUCCGAUAGUGAGAUUGACAAGGGCUCAUUGCUUUCCGAAGAUCCAGAUGACGAGGAUGCAAUCCCGGAAUGGCUCAUGUCAGAUGAGGAUUAG